AUGGUACUUGCCAAAAGGAAAAUCAUCCUUCCUCUUGUUUUUCUUCUAGUAAUCAUCUCCAUUCUUAGACUACUCAAACUCACAAUCACCUCAUCAUCUUUUUCAUCUCCCACACUUUUUAUAAACAAAUCAUCCACAUCGAUAUUUUCACCUACUACCAUCAUUUCCAAGCUGAAGCAAACCCACAAACCACCACUCACCCAAAAGGAGAUCCAAUUUCUAAUGGAUAUAAUCAUUCAGAAAUCUCCAUGUAACCUUCUUGUUUUCGGGUUACAAGACCAGUACCUCAAGCUACACGCCAUUAAUGGAGGUGGUACCACAGUUUUUAUAGAUGACAAUCCAGAAAACCUAAAGAAAUUGAAAGGGAGUUCCAAAUCCAAUUCUAAUGGCACCCUACAAGUUUAUAAAGUUGAGUACAACACAUAUGCCAAGGACGCAUACAAGUUGCUGAAGCACGCAAGAUCAAACUCAAGCUGUGAUCUUCGUUCUGGGAUAACAAGUUUGAUGAAGGAAUGUAAGCUUGGGUUAACAGUAACAGGGAUGCCAAUGGAAGUGGUGAAGAUGAAGUGGGAUGUGAUUGUUGUGGAUGGACCAGAUGGAGAUGGACCAGAGUCACCAGGAAGAAUGGGUUCUAUUUUUAUGGCAGGUGUUUUAGCCAAUGGGACCAAUGUGGUUGUUCAUGAUGUUGAUCGAAUGAUUGAGAAGUGGUUUUCUUGGGAGUUUUUGUGCCAUGAGAAUUUGGUUUCCUCUAAAGGGAGAUUUUGGAAUUUUAGGAUACCUCACCAGAUUAUUAGAAACAAUUCUAGCAAAUUUUGUGAAGCAUAG